AACUCAACCGGAGUCUCCUGGUUCUGGGUUCAGUCUCGGCUGGUCGUUCGAGGUGGAAGGUGUCGAUAUUUCCCCCGAUUCCUGCCCAAUUUGAAGAAAAAGGCCUAAGGAGUCAAGAUUGGUAUCAAUUUGACGACACUAUUUGGAUGCAACUGAAUUUGUUCCUAGAGGCAGUUUAAAACGACCAAGUAACAAAAUGGAAUGGGGAACUCUGAUAUACGACUACCUAGUCUUCGCCGCUUUGAUCCUGUGCUCUUUCGGCGUUGCUAUCUAUGGAAGGUUUUCUGGGAACAAGGAAAAAACCAAAGCGGACUUCGCGUUUGCAAAAAGCAAUUCCAUAUCCAUGCCAGCGAUGAUGCUGUCGAUAGCGAGGGGCUUCCUAGGAGUUAGAGUAUUUUUAGGCUAUCCCUCUGAACUUUACUACAGGGGGAGUGCCAUGUGGGAGACGUUGUACGGCAUGAUAAUAGCUUUUCCUAUCGUGUGCUAUUUCUUCGUGCCCGUUUAUUACAGCCUGGGUAUAACUUCAGUUUAUCAGUAUUUAGAUUUGCGAUUUAAGUCUCGUUUGGUUCGUUGUUUGGCUUCAGGGACAUAUUUGCUAAGAAGUGUCCUCAACCUUGGUGUCACCGUGUUCACACCAUGCGUCGCCUUGAAGACCAUUAUUGGAAUGCCGUACUGGACAUCAAUCACCGCAAUCGUUGGAAUUUCCAUUUUCUUCACAAUGAUGGGAGGUUUGAGGACAGCGAUUAUCGCCGAUGUGACUCAGCUUCUUGUGAUGGUGGGUUGUAGUGCAGCUAUUAUAAUUCAAGGUACCAUUACUGCAGGAGGUGUUGUCAAUGUCGUGAAUGCAUCGAGCUCUCAUGGAAGACUACAAUUUUUUGAUUUUGACAUGGACCCAACAAUAAGAGUUAACACAGUGUCAGCCAUUAUUGGACAGUUAUUUAUGUCUCUUUCAAUAUUUGGCUGCCAACAAAACUUUGUACAGAGAUACUGUUCCAUGUCCUCACAAAGCAAAGUUAAUAAGACUUUAAUGGCAAACAUACCGAUUAUGACUGUACUCUUCUCUUUGUCAUGGGUCGUCGGGAUGGUGAUUUUCGCCAAUUACAUGUCAUGUGACCCGAAAGCACUUGGGUACAUUUCUGACAUUGAUGAAAUUUUACCAUUUUAUGUUGAAGACAAAUUCUACUUCCUUCCUGGAUUUCUCGGACUCGUAAUGGCCUGCCUGUUCAAUGGAGCUCUCAACCUUAUGGUAUCAAAUCUGAAUUCUUUAUCAAUUGUAAUGUGGGAAGAUUUCUUCUACCAAAUUCCAGCAUUGAAAAAUACAACAGACCGAACUCAGCUUGUACUGAUUAAAGUUUUGGGUGCUGUUUGUGGUGUGAUGAUUAUGGGUGUUGCUUUUAUUGUUGCGAUGCUUUCUGGUGUGAUAGAGGCUUCUCAGUUGAUGACAUCAGCAACAAGUGGACCACUACUCGGGGUUUUUAUCCUAGCUAUGUUCGUACCACCUGCAAAUUGGAAGGGUGCUGCAUUCGGUAUGUUGGCCAGCCAUGCCAUAGUAUUGUGGAUAACAUUUGGAAGUCUCACAGUCGAUAAACCUUCAGUUCCAUUCCUACCAGUCUCUGUGGAUGGAUGCACAAAUACAACAUUUUCACCGAAUGUACCUCCACUACCACCAAAAUCUGAUCCUGUUUGGACAGAAGAUUUUGACGUCAACCCUGUCAUCGGACCUGCUCACCAUGACAACGAUUUUUUGACAUCCUUAUAUUCAAUGACAUACAUGUAUUACUCUCUUAUUGGGACGGUUAUUACUGUGUUGUUUGGAACAAUACUAAGCUACAUCACAGCUUCAGAGGAGGACUGCUAUGAUGAAAAACUCGUACACCCUUGGGCGAGAAAGUUAUAUAAAUGGCUUCCAGGCAAACAAAAAUGUUUUGUCAACUUAGAACAGAGCUCAACAGAAACCAUUUCUUCAGACAAGGUUGAAAGAUACAAAACAAACAAGAUCUGAUAUUUGUAUUACCUUCUGGAUUCUAGAGUUUCAAAGAGAAAGAAACAAAAAAUGGGAUAUGUACCCUGUUGAUUUCUGUGAUAUAAACAAAUAUGUAUAUAUAUAAAUAUAUUAUAUAUAUAUUUAGGUAUGCUGGUUAAAAAUAGAUUAAAAUUCUUUUAAAAUAGUAAUCAAAUGUUAUUUAAAAAUAAAGAAACUGGCAUAACAUGUAUUAAAUAUAAGUACUUUAUUUUUAAUGUCAGUUUUAAUGUUUUAAAAAACAUUGAUAAGGAAAAGACUUUUAAAAUACCAAAAUGUAAAUAAUAAUAGUUAGGAGGGCGUGAAAUGACCUUAGCCGUUAAAACGCCCUUAAAAAUUAAUAAUAAUAAUAAUAAUAAUAAUAAUAGUUAGGAAAAAAGAAAAAUAAUCAGUGAAGUACUUUUUAUUCUUAGAUAAAAAUGAACUUUCGUGUUUAAAUUGAUUAUAUAUACAAAAUAUUUUUCACUUUUGACUGAAAUUUCAGUUUUUCAGGUAUCAAAAUUUUUUUACUUAUAUUAUUCUUAUUUUUUAGAUACUUUUAUUAUGUUUUCUUAACUUCCGUAUUUUUAUUGUUCCUUUCUUUUUCUUUUUAUUUGUACUUAUUUCGGUUAGAAAAUAAUGCAGCAUUUUCAAAACUUUGGCUUUAAACGAAGAUUACCUCUUAAUAAUAUACUUCAAAUAAAAUUGAGUAUAUGAAUUACUAGUUUUGGAGUUCUAGUAUUAUUAUUCUCCCAUUUUGAAGAUGCUCCCUGCUAUAAUUCUAAGCAUGUGCAAUAUUGUUCACUGUAUUAUUAGAUAUAAAAUAUUUAUAGGGAAAAAUUAAAUCACUUGUUUAAUUUGGA